AGGCAGGCGGAGGAGAAAACAGACAACCUCCAACACACCGUGAGGUACAUGAGGGGGGAGGAUUUAUAAAUAAAUAUACCGGGAGGAGAGAGAAAAAAGAAAAGCUUGUUUUCAGCAGACUGAGGCAGAGCGGCGGCGGUGAGGAUGCACAAUAGAGCAUCUCCGUGUUUAAUUGCGGAUUAGAGGAGGAGGAGGAGGAGGAGGAGAGCACAACAAGGAGAGACAAGGAGACGCGCUUUAUUAAAAGAAGAGAAGCAGAGAGGGAGACAGGGGAGGGGGAGCGAGGAGACGGUGCAGACCGUGGCGGGGGGGAACGGCAGCGAGGAGGACACCGACACCGACGGUCGGCUCGGCGGCGUCGCUCGGAUGCUGUUGUCGACCCGGACGCGGCGACGAUGCGGCCACACUGCUGGGUGAUGGUAGCGCUGGCGGGGAUCAUGUCGUACCUCAGCCCGGAGAGAGCCCUCGGAGCACCGCAGAGGGAAGUUUCUCAGACCAGGGCUGAGUCCCUCUCCGCUCCACCGUACGUCAUCAUCCUCAUCUCCUGCUCGGGGCUCGUCUCUUUUGUUCUGCUGCUCCUCACCUGCCUUUGCUGCAAGAGAGGAGGCGUGGGGUUCAAUGUAAGUCUUCAACAUGAGUUUGACAACGCAGAUGGGGAGGAGUGCUCUGGAGGAUCCAGUCACAUCCAGGAGGACAGCCUGUCAUCAUGCCCCUCUCUCCCCGAGGUCUACACCUUGCCAGUCAGAGACCGCCCCCACUGCUCUGCCCUGCAGGACGGAGCAGACCCCAAAUCUCAGUGUUUUAAGAGACACGCUUUAAAUUACCUUCAGGAGAUAGGAAACGGAUGGUUUGGAAAGGUGAUCCUGGCUGAAGUGCUGUGCGACUGCGGCUCCUCUCAGGCCGUGGUGAAGGAGCUGCGUGUGAGCGCCAGCCCCCUGGAGCAGAGGAAGUUCCUGGCUGAAUCGGAGCCGUACAGGAGCCUGAAGCAUCCCAACAUCCUCCAGUGUCUGGGGCAGUGCAGCGAGAACAUCCCCUUCCUCCUGGUUAUGGAGUUUUGUCAGCUGGGCGACCUGAAGCGCUACCUGCGGGCCCAGAGGAAGUCAGAUGGGAUGACUCCAGACCUGCCAACCAGGGACCUGUUGACUCUUCAGAGGAUGGCCUUUGAGAUCACCUCGGGUCUGCUGCACCUUCACGAAAACAACUACAUCCACAGUGACUUGGCUUUAAGAAACUGCCUCCUGACAUCCGACCUCACUGUCAGAAUAGGUGACUACGGUCUCUCGCACAACCAUUACAAGGAGGACUAUUACCUGACUCCAGACAAGCUGUGGAUCCCUCUGCGGUGGAUUGCUCCUGAGCUGCUGGAGGAGUACAGGGGAUCUCUGAUUGUCACCGACCAAACCAAAACCAGCAACGUGUGGUCUUUGGGGGUGGUGAUCUGGGAGCUUUUUGAGUUUGGCGCUCAGCCCCACAGACACCUGAGCGAUGAAGAGGUGCUGACCUUCGUCAUCAGGGAGCGACAGAUCACUCUGGCCCAGCCUAGACUUAAACUCUCACAUUCAGAUUACUGGUAUGAGAUCAUGCAGUCCUGCUGGCUCCCUCCGUCGCAGCGGCCCUCUGUAGCCGAAAUAUUCCUCCUCCUCUCCUCUCUCCUGGCUGCAGAGCGAGGAAUAUCAAAGAGGAGUGUGGGGGGAGAGGACGAAGAGGAUGAGGAGUAUGAGGAGGGCAGGGGGAGGAGAGGAGAGAGCGAUGAGUCGUUUGAAAGGCGCUGGGAUCUACUUCGUCCACCCGCUUUUCAGUGUGCAGCAAAUGAGAGACACAGAGACAGAGAGUACGGCAGAGACACCUCCUACCCCCUGCUGGACCCUGUGGGGAACUGCAUCACCCCGUCCUCAUCUGAACUGGACGACAUCCUGACAGUAACAGAGACCAGCAAAGGCUUGAACUUUGAGUAUUUCUGGGAGAAGGCUCACGCCAGACGAGGUUACAAGCCUCUCCCUCCCCCUCAGCCGAUUCCAACUGUGAACAAUAACCACAGACAGUCUUUAGACACACCCACUGUGGUGCCGGUCAUAAGUGCACGCAGUCCCUCCCUCGCCAGCGAGUACUACAUCCGACUAGAGGAGCACACUCCCCAAGACAAGUCGCCAACACUUAAGGGGAAAUCGCAGUCCUCUUUACGAUCAGAUUCAGUUUGUCCCGGAGACGUGGAGCUUGUGGAAAUCCGUAGUGGAUUGCUGGGAAAAGAGCGAGUCCCCUAUCGCGCGUCAGAGAGCAGUGGGAAGACGCUCCAAACCAUACGAUCAAGCGAGGUGAAGAUCCAGGUGCCUAACACAGGAGUGGCCGAGUUUAGAGACACUUCGAGCAGAGUGACAGACUUCUCAGUGGUGGAUCUGGGUGACGAUGAUGACGUGGAGAAGAAGAAGAGCAAGGAAGCGGAUAAAAAAUCUCCCACGAGAUUCCAGGCUCCAGUCCUCCCUCCCAAACCCCGCUCCAUGUCCCUGUCUUCGUCCAAUCACCUUCACUCUCGCCCCCUACCCGUGCCUCCUCUCGGGUACAGAGGACUGCCUCACUACACCAUCGGCGGAAAGAUUGAGACGGACCCUCUCCACAUGAACUCCUGCCCGCCCUCCACUUUUGAUCAUCUUGGCCUCCAUCGCCCCAGACAGACUCUGCCCCCCUCCCCGUCUCUCUCCCCCUCCAUUCCCCCAUCCAGCCAUCCCAUUUACCCUCAGAUGUGUCCUCCACCCUUACCUCCACACUCCAAACCUCAACGCAGCAUCCCGAGCUACAACACGGCCGACAGAUACUCAAGAUACUCAAAGGCGCAGAUGCAGAGAUCCAACAGAGACCCGCUUUCCUGUGAUUUAUCCAAUAGAGAGCCUGACAGAAGGCACGCAAUUCCAAUCCACACCUCCAAGGAGGACUUUCAUCCCCGCGUGAAAGACUUUGACUCCCCCAUUCGUAGGGAAAAUCCUCUGCGACCCAUUUAUCGAAACCCACCCCGCCCUCAGCCUGCAAACUCCCAGAUUGAGCGGCAGUCCUCGUCUAGUCCCACCUACUCGGAUGAGGACGACUCUCCUUUUACCUCCCCCGAGAGACCCAGCAGCCAGACCACCAUCGCUCACUCCAGCCUGUCAGAAGAUGCAGACCCAGCAACAUCUGAGCUCUUCUCCAGGGGAAUGAAGAGGACCCAGUCACGGCUGGACACUAUUCUGCCCAGUAUUUGGAGGGAAGACGCUGAGCUUCAGGCAGAACGAGUUGCGGCAGCCAAAAAGUCCCCCAUGCACCUGUUCCUAACCGAGAUAUCGAACGUGACGGAGUCGAGUGAGGCUAAGUCAGACUCCAUGUUCGACGGGGAGAAGGCGGAGACGAAAGACAGAGAGAGAUGGGGGAACUUUGUAGUGCACAACAAGGGAAUGCGGCGCUCACAAUCCCUGAUCACAGAGAUCGGCUCGGCAGGACAGUCUUUGGGUCAGGAGAAAUACUUCCAUAGGGCAGGAGUUGAGGAGGACAAGGCAUCAUUUCAAGGAGAUCUUUUCCUCACAGAGGUUGACACCGACAGGAUGGACACGGAUGCGGAUGUAGAGAGCGAUCCAGUUAAAUACCUCUAUCCUUCAGGAUCCAGGUUGCGGCCCUACGUCUGCUCUUCCAACCUUCCCUCAGGCAGAGAAGAAGAAGGCAGUGCAAAGGGUAUACGGAGAUCCCGAUCUCUUCUGUCUGAGAGGGAGAAGCAGCAAUCUGAAAAACAUUCAGCUGAGACUGAGCCGCGAAGAACAGAAAUGACCAGGGAGGAGUUCCUGAAAGAGAUCCAAUCAGCAGAGACCUUUCUGACCGAAAUCAUAUCAAGGCAAAAUGCUACAGCAAACAGAGGGGAAUCAGAUCCAUCGAUCUCCCCUACUCCUCAGUCGCCUGAAUACGAGUCCAUAUGCAUCGACCCAAACUCUGCUCAGACCAUCACAUUCCAGUCGGAGAGCUCCAUACGAGCGUCCAACAAGGGUAAAGAGGAGACACAGAUGGAGGCCAUCUAUGCACAAGUGACCAAGCGUGCAAAAAAGAGCGAGAUCAAGGUCUCCAUCAGACCCGAGAUCCCGAUUCUCCACAUAGGAUCAAACAAAGAGCUGCUUAAACCAUGCAACCAAGGUACCGAUGCUGAUCACUGCCAGACCGGAGAGUUUGUGCUCUCAGAAAUAAUGCCCAAAAAUGGUUUAUUACACAGUGAAACUGAUGAGUGCCAGAAAGAAGAGGAGGACUGUUCGGAUGGACCCGCCUUACCUGCCAGAGGGGAACUAACAGAUCCUUCAGAGUUCUCUCCCUCUGAACCCACUGAGUUUAACACUGUGAUACUGCAGGAGAUCAACUCUCUAUUUACAAAUCAAACGGAGACCGCUGCUGUUGUGGAGAAUGGUGAAACGAGAAAAGACAACCUACAGGACUGCAGAUCUCAGACAGAAGACGAAGCGCGGGGAAAAUCUAGCGCCGUGCCGGGCAGCGUUGAGAAUGCAGCUGAUCUGGAGAGAAAUGGAGAACAUUUGUUUCAGCACAAGUACAAUGAUCAAGAAAAGCAUAGCAUGCAAAAAGAACCUAGUAGUGAAGUCGCUCCCAACACCCCGGAUCACGACCUUUCCUCUGAUAUCUCCCUCACCACUCCCACUGACUCUGUCCUGUCACCCAUGACCUCCGGCUCGACGGAUGGCCUCACGCCGAGUGAUUCCUGGACCGGAGCGGGAGGCAGCGGUGGGUGGCGGGCCCUGGGGAAUGAAACCCCGCACCGAGACUCCGCCUAUUUCUCUGACAAUGACUUGGAGGGAGACGGGUUGAACAGAAGGAGCAGCGACGGACCAGGGUCCAGACAGAGCGGCGGCCGAGGGGGCGAGCGGGGAACACUCACGGGGAUAGAGGAGAAAACUGAAGAGGAGGGAGAGGCAGGAGAAAAGAGCCCCUCACGAGGUACUUUGCAUUUAUCAAGUACCAAAACUGGAAGAGGAGAAAACAAAAAGACUAUUGAGAACUGUGAAAAUGACUUGCACUAUUUAGACAGCGACAAAGAUAUAUUAAAUAAAGGGCUGGAGGCUGUACACAGAGACGAUUCGGGCAUUUUUCACAAUCACGAGAGCAAAAGAUCCACAUUGCUGCACGAUGAUCACCAAGUCAAGGGCUGUGUUGACCUAAUUGAUGAGCUGUUUUCAAAGUUAGACGAAGAACCUCUGAAGAACCUGUCAAACAGAGGUAGAUUUGUCAUAGACAGCCACUAUACAGAUGGGAUAAUUUCCAAGAUAACAGAUUACAAAUGCACAGAGUCUGAAAAGAGCAACUUGAAUCUGCACUGUAAGAGCCCCAGUGGGACAAGAAGCUCAAUCACCUCCGUGUCUGGCCUUGUCGGACCAGAUACGACCGAUAGGGAUCUCAUUGCUCUGAGGUCUUUGAAAUCUGGGGAUGUAAUUGUGGAAUCUGAGUCCAGAUCAUCCAAACUGAAUGAAUUUCAAGGCAUUGACGGCAUGCAUAGCAAGGAUAAAGUCAGUCUGACUGGUCUGUGCACCGAGCAAGGUGUUGAAGAAAUGGCUGUUCUGGACCACAAUGAACUGGGCAUUAGAGACUUUCACAGCUCAGAGCAUAGAGCGGAUACGGAGGUCCUGAUGGAGAUGGACUCACAUCCAGCCUAUGCAGACUCUUGUGAACGGCCGGAUGUGAUGACUGAGGACUGGUGGAGUGCUGUGGAGGAGGAUGAAGAAGAAGCACCGCCCUCUGGAGAUGUUACUGGAGAACUUGACUGUCACCGUUUGGUGCAAUCAGGGGAACAAAAUAACCAGUGGGCCUCUCCAGAAAAAAGGCAACAAGAAGUAGAACUGAGAUCUGAAUUUUUUGCUGGGUUUGGCAAAAGGGACUUGGGGGUGCAGGAGAAGUACUGGGAAACUGAAGAAAACAAUGAAUGUGCAGGAAGGGAGCCUCACCCUUCUUCAAUAGAGUGUAGAAAUGACGCUGGGACCAAUGAAACACAAGAACUGAGUGGCAAACAUGCUGCACAUGUGAAACAGGCCGGGACUCUGAAAGAUCAGUCGACCAGCAGUGUGCAGCAGACAUCCAGCAAGAGGAGAAUAUCGAGAAUCUGGCGGAAAUAGACAAUUUUGAAAGUGACACAACG